AUGGAUCUAUCUCUAUUCAACCAAAACAAUCUCCUCUACACAGAGGAGUCCUUGUCAAGGUACCAGCCUGGGGGGUACCAUCCAGUCAGCCUUGGAGAUACAUUCGAAAAUGGUCGCUACAGCGUACGUCAUAAGCUAGGAUGGGGUGGCUUCUCGACUGUAUGGCUUGCGAAGGAUAGAAUCCGGAAUCAAUGGGUUUCGUUGAAGAUCAUGACCGCAGAUUCAGGGGUGUCUCGAGAGUUGCGAAAUUUGAAGCAUCUUGAGAGACAUUCGCAAGGGAAUUUAUCCUCAAAUUAUAUUGUGCAAAUGCUUGAUUCUUUUACUCAUGAAGGUCCCAAUGGAGUUCAUCAAUGCCUCGUAUUUGAAUUGCUUGGCCCUUCCGUUGAUCAAGUGCUCGCAGACUACCAUGAGAGCCACGACAAACUCUGCGCGGAAACCAUAAUCCGGAUGUCUACACAGCUUUUGAAAGCCGUGAAGUUCAUUCACGGUGCCGGCAUGUGUCAUGGUGACGUUAGCGGUCGGAAUAUCGCAUUUAGUUGUACGAAUCUGUUGGACACAACAGAGGAGCAACUCUUUGAAUUUCUUGGAUGUCCUGAAACUGAGGCGCUGGCCCGCCUAGAUGGCUCACCCUUGGAAAAUGGAUUGCCAAAACAACUGGUCAAGGCAGCAGAAUGGGUGGAAUGGAUCGAUGAGGACGACGAAGAUAUUCGACUACUUGAUUUUGGGGAGAGUUUUCUUCAAGGCGAAGAGCCUAAAAGGUUGGCCCAACCAGGUACAUUGCAGGUACCGGAAACGAUUUUCACUACCUUUUUUGAUUAUCGCGUCGAUCUGUGGCGCACAGGUUGUAUGAUCUAUUCCUUUUUAUUCACAACAUACCCAUUCUGGUACCUUGGUGAGGAUGAAGUUUUGGUUUUCCAAAUGAUUGGCUUCGUGGAGAGACUGCCGACUGAAUGGGAGUCUAAGUGGAAAUCAAUGCAGACGAGAUCUAGCCACGGUCUGGAGGCUGAAGAUUGCACUAUGUCGAAGCUCGAACAGAAAUUUGCAGAGAUCGUGCACGACCCAAAUCUCAAACCUCUGCUACGAGUGACUCAAGGAUUGAUGCGAUUCUUACCAUCGAGCCGCACCACUGCAGAUGAGGCACUCAACUUGCUUUUAGCACUUGAGAAUAAUUGA